UUUUUAACACACAAUUGUUUGAAUAGGUGCAUAAAUUCUAUUGUGUUCAUUGAGCUAGUGCGAGAAAAAUAUGUGUCUAAUGGAAUUUCAAAUCAUAAAGUUUCGCAAGAGAACAAUUAAUUCUACGCUAACAAUGUUCCAAAGAUAGUCGCAUCGUGAUGUUGGUUUUCCAUGCUCAACUAAAUUGUCGUUAUACUUUUAUCUCUGUAUGAAUACAGAUUUUAAGGUCCAUUAAAAUUUUUGGAGUGAAUAUUAUCGAAUUGAUUAUUUUAAAACCAAUUGAUAAAUGAGUCGUUUUCAAGUGUCACAAGUUGGUGAUGGCUGUGAUACAAAAGGAAUUGAUAAUCCUGCCAUGGAUCCAGUCGAACUUAAUGUGUAUGGGCUUUAUUCAAAGCGCAAUUCCGUCACGUGCCCGGUACAAGGAGAACUCAAACGAAAAAGCAGUUUAGGAUUUACACACAUCACCAGAGAAGCGCUUCCACGUUUAGAUAAUUAUCGGCUGUCAUUGCGAGCAUUCAAACGACCUUCAAUCAGUUUAUUGCACGGUGAAGUCUUGGAACACAUACCC